UGGCCGGCACCCCCUUAUAUAUUCCAUUCAGGCAACCCUCACAUUUCGCUUGACAAACUCCUAGGUUUCUAAUUAAUGUUACGCCUCCACCAAUCAUCACCAUCCACGUCAUCAUCUUCUUCUUCCUCUGAAAAAAAUCUCAUGGAGCAAAAGCAGAGCUCCGCCUUACUCCACCACCGCCGCCUCUAUCAAGAACAGACCAAUUCUUGGCACAACCAAGACACCCGCCACGUGGACCUCCUCUCCGCCGUCGAUCUAUCUCACCACUUCCCUUACCACUCAAUCCCGAAACCCGAAUGGCAAUGCAACAGUAGUAGCUUGAUCAAUAGAGAAAAAAGAAAAGCACAGUUCGAUAUGGAAGAAAACAGCGAAAAUAUAGUUGAAGCAGAGGAAGAGAAAUCGGAGAUCACCGCGAAAACCGAAAUGGAAACUUCCGGAAACACUUGUUCGAAGGAAAGCUCCAAAGUUUCCGAGGUUCAAAAACCUGAUUAUAUUCAUGUUCGGGCGAGACGGGGCCAAGCCACUGAUAGCCACAGCUUAGCCGAAAGAGCAAGAAGGGAGAAAAUUAGUAAGAAGAUGAAGUGUCUUCAAGAUUUAGUCCCGGGUUGUAAUAAAGUUACCGGUAAGGCCGGAAUGCUCGACGAAAUCAUUAACUAUGUCCAGUCGCUUCAAAAGCAAGUCGAGUUCCUUUCGAUGAAAUUAGCAACCGUAAAUCCGAGGCUCGAUUUCAACGUUGAUGACAUCUUCGCCAAAGAGAUACCCGCGUAUAUUUCGAGUUUACAAGCCGCACAAUUCGAAGCAACAUGCUUACAUUACAACACAAUGCAACAAGGAACCUCGAACUGCGGGGGUGACAUAUCGUUGGAUCAAUCCCAAAUGUUGCCUCAUAAUAAAGCAGAAAACGCGCUUCUUGAUCCGUCUUUUAUCUCCCAACUGCAGCAGCUUUCGGGUUGGGAAUCCGAUUGGCCAAGUCUAUUCAAUGCUGGAUUUCAUUAGUUACAAAAAGAAUCAAUAUAUGGUCCUUCUCUUUAUAGUUCUAGAUAAGCCUAGGUACCGUUUAUUAAGUCGUCGGAGGGGAUUUCAGGCAAAUAUAUAAAUAGUUGUAGCAGCAGAGGCAUUCUUUUCUUCAUGAUAUAUUAUAUAUAUGUGUGUUUGAUUUGUAUCAUCUCAUGUAUAGUUACAUAAUUUAUUGUACCUAUUUUUUAGAAAUUAUAUCAUAUAUAUAUAUAAGAACGUAAUCGUAAUCGUAAUCGUAAUCGUAAUCGUUAUCAUUAUCGUUAUCGUUAUCGUUAUCGUUAUCGUUUCUCCGGUUGUCCGAUACACAUCACUGUAUAGAAAAGCAACUGUACCAGAAGCAAAGAUAUAUUGUGAUGUAGAAAAAAGAAAAAGAGAAAAAAAAUGAUUUAAUAGUUGGGAAA